AUGUCCGUCUCAUAUGACAACAAGGAUUUGAAGACAUCAAUGUUUUUCAUCGAGCGACAAUCGCGACAUAUUCAAGAGAAACCAUAUGCAUUUCGUUACGCCGCGGACGUAGACAUUCCCAAAACGAACUUCGAUCUUAAAGAGCACAGUGGUAUCGCAGUCACAAACAUCAGAGAUGAUAUCAAAAACUUCACCGUCGAAAAGAAUGGAUUCUCCAUAAUUGAAUUUGAAGAGGAAAUUUCAUACCUAGAGUACUUCGAUAGUGUGGAAGUCGACCGGUAUCUUCGACAACUCGAGAGGGUUCUCCAAGCUCAUUUACGAGCUUCUAUGGUCCGAGUUUUCAGGCAUGCAGUUCGUCAGUACUGGCUCAUUAAGCUUUUUCCCGUUUAUAAUGAUCGUGACCUAGACUCUACGCCUGAAGAAACCGCGAGGUUGAUCAAAGGUCUCUACACAGAGGAAGCUGACCGUCUUUUGGGGAAGAGGUUUCAAUGGAUAAAGUGCGCCGAGCAGCACCUGUCAUCCUUGACUGCGGCAAGUUUCUAA